GCCUUUUAUUUCUUUUUCAGGUGAUGAACUAUCCAUUCUGUUGGUUCAAAUAAUGUUAUGUAUGCAAGCUGUUCGACGCCUUGCAGAAUGUCUUUUCACCUCUGUGUUUUCAAAUGGAGUUAUUCAUCCAAUACAGUAUUGCUGGGGUUUGGUUUAUUAUGUGCUUGUUGGUUUAACAGUGCAUUGUGAAGGACCCAUUCUUGGGAUCAAAGCGUACACAAUUGGAGACCUGUUUGCACAAGGCAGGUGGUACCAUGCAGCUGGAAUAAUGCUGUUUUUGUGGGCAACAAUACAUCACUACAGGAGUCAUGUGAUAUUGGCCAGUCUUAGGAAGAACAAAAUGGGUGAAGUGAUUCACUUCAAGCAUGCCAUCCCCUAUGGUGACUGGUUUGAAAUGGUUUCCUGCCCUCAUUACUUAGCUGAACUGUUGAUCUACCUUGCUAUCAGUGUGACCUUUGAAGGACGACACCUUACCUGGUGGUUUGUAAUAUUAUAUGUGUUUUUCGCCCAUGCAGUGAUGGCUGUUCUGUGUCAUGAAUUCUAUGUGAAGAAGUUUGACAAUUACCCAAAAACACGGAAGGCAUUUAUACCUUUUAUAUUUUAACCCUAUUUUUGCGUAUGUUAUUGGAGCUUACAGAUUUCAAUGCUUACCUGUUAUUUUGUUCAACUUUCUUGUUUAAAAUUUACCAAAUCAAUUAUAAAACCUAACACAAGUAUCUUCUGGGAGAUCAUCUUUUUCUAGAGUCAUAGAGUUGUACCGCAUGGAACAGACCCUUCAGUCCAACUUGUCCAUGCCAACCAGAUAUCCUAAAUUAUUCUAGUCACGCUUGCCAGUAUUUGGCCCAUAUCUCUCUCAACCCAUCCAGAUGCCUUUUAAAUGUUGUAAUUGUACCAGCCUCCACCAGUUCCUUUGGCAGAUCAUUCCAUACGUGCACCACCCUCUGUGUGAAAUGGUUGCCCCUUAGAUCCCUUUUUUAUCUUUCCCCUCUCACUUAUGCCGUAGUUUUGGACUUCCCUACCCUGGGAAAAGAUCUUAGUUAUUCACCCUAUUCCUGUCUGUCAAAAUUUUUAAAAACCUCUAUAAGACCACCCCUCAGGCUCCAACACUCCAAGGAAAUAGCUCCAGCGUAUUCAGGCUCUCCCUUGUAGCUCAAACCCUCCAGUCUUGGCAACAUCCUUGUAAAUCUUUUCUGCACCCACUCAAGUUUAACAACAUUCUUCCUAUAGAAGGGCGACCAGAAUUGUACACAGUAUUUUAAAAGUAUAUACAGCCUAUACAGCCGCAACAAACAUCCCAACCGCUAUACUCAAUGCACUGACCAAUAAAGGGAAGUGUACCAUACACCUCUUCAUUGCCCUGUCUACCUGUGACUCCACCUUCAAGGAACUAUGAAGGUCCCUUUGUUCAGCAACACUCCCCAGAACCCUACCAUUAACUCCUGCCCUGAUUUGCCUUAUCAAAAUAUAACCACACAUUUAUCUAAAUUAAACCCCAUCUGCCACUCCUCAAUUCCAAAGUAGAAUAUUGCCAUCAGUGAAAUGUAUUUUUUUAAGUGCCUGAAUUCAUGCAAUAGUCAGAUUAAAAAAAAAAUCCUUUUCAAUACUUGACAUGCCAACUUUUCACGUAAAGGCAUGUCUUCAAAAGGAGUAAUUUUAUUUGAACUUUUAACUAUGUCAAAAUUCUUUCAAAUGAGCCUUUGUUUUGCGGGUACCAGUUUUGCUUUUAUAUGAUACUGUAACCAAGGACAAGAAUGGAAUUAGAACUGCCCAUCAUCAUCCCAGGAAUCACGUCUGAUCAUUGUUUACUGUUGUUCUAUAUAUUGUGUUUUUAUAAUAUGAUUACAACAAUGCAGUUUGUCAAUAUAUCAUCUAAAUGCUCCAGUUAGUUUGUUACAAUGUCUGUGUAAUUGUCAUUUUAAUUUUUAAGUUUAUGAUUGUAAUAGCUGUAUUGCUAGAAAAUAAAUGUUAGAAUUCUCCUAAA